AUGCGGGCGGCAGUGGAAAAGGUACACUGUGUGAAUGAGUGUGGCAGGAGUAGCCCAGUGCUCAGUGUGGACGGCUCCACCCAGAAGCUCUUCUAUCUGAAGAGGAGAGACAUCCUAGAAAUCAUGAAAACCCUUUUGAUGUCGCAGUACACUCUGGGACCUGAGGGGGGAGCCCCGGAGCUCAUGAAGGUGAAGCUGAGCGGAAAGAGUGGCCGAAGCGCAAAUAUCGUUUCAACAGAGACAGGCCUCUCAUCACAGCUACAGGGGAACAGGUCAUCAGGAGGAUGUGCCGGUGGUGACUUUCUUCUGCACUCAGGAACAUGGGCUUCUCCUUCAGGAUUCCUACCCCAAACCAGCCGGCCUGCAGGCCCUACUGGCCCUGAACGUUUCCUACUACUAUUUCACCUGUAA